CAGCCUCAGGUCCAGCAGCAGCAGCAACCUCAGGUUCAACAACAACCGCAACCUCAGCAGUCCCAGCAGUUGUACGGGUACCAGCAGCAAGCCCAGCAGAACAUUGGCCAAUAUGGCGUUAUGCCAAUUGGAAUUCCGGACGCAACAUCGGACCCGUACUCGGCAGCUGUGAGGCGGUCCACUGCCCUGGAGCCCAGCGGUCUGACCAACCCCACUAAUCCCAGCUACAAGCCGGGUUAUGGCGGAUACACGACCACAGCUGCGCCCAUCCAGGCAUCGGGUGGCCCUAUUACUGGAUAUGGAAACCCCAACCCUGGCUAUGUGCCUGGGCCUGGAGUCUCAGGACCGUCGGCGAACAGCGCCAGCUAUGCACCAGCACCACAUCCCACUGCCUUCCAUCAGCCCCCGCAGCCGCAGCCGCAACAGCCGCAGCAGCCGAUAUAUGGAAGCUACAGCGAGCCGCCAGCUGCGAUCAUGGUUUCUGCCCCCAUGCUACACUCAACUGUGUCCACUUUGCAGCAACAGCAGCAGCAUACGCCAAACAUCUACUCUCCGCCCAGCUUCCCGCCACCCCCCAGGCCCAAAACACCACUUGCACCAGCCGCAGCAUCACCACCAGCCGCCUACAAGCUACGGAAGCACUGUUGCUAGCAAUGCAGGACAGCCCCAGAUGCCGCUCUAUCAUACGCCGCCAGCUCAGCAGCAGCAGCAACCUCACAACAGCAUCAGCAGCCGAGAAUACAACAGCAUCAGCAGUAUCUUUCGCAGUCCCAGCAGCAGCAGCAGCCUCUUGCUACGCCGUCCUACCAGCAGGAUUAUUCCCAGCUCAGCGGGCACCCUCCUCCUCAGCAACAGGCAAUUGCUCAGAACAUUCAUAGCCUGUCAGCGUAUUCAAAUGCGGUACCAACAUCGCUGAGCUACCAGCACCCUUCGUAUCUCCAGCAGCAGCAGCAGCAACAACCUCCACAGC